CCCAAUUAUAUUCGUCGUUUUCAUUCCCGACUUCUGUAAUUUGAUUUUGUCACUUCCAAUCGAUUUCCUGCCACCAAGUCGUUAACGAUGGCUUCGCAAAUUGCGAGACGCCUCCUUCGCCGCCGUGUAACCAAUGAAAUCUUCAUGACGACGACACGAAGCCCUAGUAUGGGGCUUUUCUCAUCGUUCGAUCGGAACUAUUCUUCCUGCUCCUCCAAUCUGAUCCGCGCCACUCUCUUCCCCGGCGACGGUAUUGGUCCCGAGAUCGCCGAAUCCGUCAAGAAGGUAUUCAGUGCUGCAGAUGUUCCAAUUGAAUGGGAAGAACAUUUUGUCGGGACAGAAGUUGAUCCUAGAACCCAGAGUUUUGUUACAUGGGAAAGCCUGGAGUCGGUACGAAGAAAUAAAGUUGGCUUAAAAGGCCCAAUGGCCACACCGAUUGGGAAGGGUCAUCGUUCCUUGAACCUUACCUUGAGAAAAGAGUUGAAUUUGUAUGCAAAUGUUAGACCAUGCUACAGUCUACCUGGUUACAAGACACGAUAUGACGAUGUAAAUCUUGUUACGAUCCGUGAAAACACUGAAGGAGAGUACAGUGGUCUUGAACAUCAGGUGGUGAGGGGAGUUGUUGAAAGUCUCAAGAUCAUUACUCGUCAGGCAAGUCUGAGGGUGGCUGAAUAUGCUUUUUAUUAUGCCAAGACCCAUGGAAGGAAGAGAGUAUCUGCUGUACACAAAGCUAACAUCAUGCAAAAAACCGAUGGUCUAUUUUUGAAGUGUUGUCGUGAAGUUGCUGAGAAGUACCCUGAGAUAAAGUACGAGGAAGUUGUAAUUGACAAUUGCUGUAUGAUGCUUGUGAAGAAUCCGACACUAUUUGAUGUUUUAGUAAUGCCCAACCUUUACGGUGACAUCAUUAGUGAUCUUUGUGCUGGUCUAAUUGGAGGAUUGGGCUUAACACCAAGCUUAAAUAUCGGAGAGGGUGGUAUUGCUCUUGCUGAGGCUGUUCAUGGUUCAGCUCCUGAUAUUGCUGGAAAGAAUUUGGCAAACCCGACUGCUUUGCUACUGAGUGCGGUGUCGAUGCUUCACCAUUUGGAUCUUACCGAUAAAGCGGAUAUGAUCCAGGAUGCUGUCCUGAAGACAAUCGCAGAAGGCAAGUACCGGACUGGUGACCUUGGUGGCUCUGCAACAACCACUGAGUUCACCAAGGCCAUCAUCGGUCAUCUUUAAAAUGCUGCAUUUGCAUAUAAAAUUCGAUUCGUUUUCGUUUUCGUUACACACAAACACUAAUUUUUCUUCAUUAAUGUACCAUUUGGUAUUGGAGUUGUGGGUUGGGAAUUUGACCCACAACAAGGUUUUUUUUUAAAAUUUGCUGAAAAGAGAGAGGUUAUGCAGUUGGCAUGGCUUCUAUGGGUUGCUAUUACUUGUAACUUAUCAAUAAACAUCAUGACUUUGAGUUCCCU